AUGAUUGCUGAAAUUCUUUUAAUGAUGAUUAAAAGAGCUGCUGGUAACAAUUUGAUUAUUGGUUUCAAAGUCUCUCCUACUGGCACUGUUAUUAAUCAUUUGCAAUUUGCAGAUGAUUUAAUAGUAUUUUUAGAUGACUCUGAAGAGCAAUACUGCAUUGCAAAUGGAUCUGGAGAUACGUUAAGGAAGAUAAGGCUUAUGGAGGAAAAUCAUUUGGGAGAAAUUUGGAGAAAGAAAGAUGCCACUGUUAGUGCAAUAGUUUCACUGGAAGGUGCAUGGAGUUUUGAUUUUAAAAGAAAUCCUAAUGAGAUUGAAUUAGGAGAGACUGUCUUGCUUCUUCAACAACGGGGUAAUAUUUCAACUAGAAUUGCUUUAUCUGAUUUAGAGGAUACAAGAAAGUGGGAACUAGCUACGAAAUCUUCUAUAACUAAUGUUUACUCCUCUUUAGAUGUUGAUGGAUUUCUCUCUUUCCCUCAUAAACAACUGUGGAAUUCUAAAGUGCCCCUUGUUUUAAUGGGAACUGACGGUAAAGAUAGCUCAACAGAUGUGACUCCCGUACUUGGUAAUGUAUCUGCUGCUGCUACCUCAGCUACUGAGGUUCCUUCACCCACACCUACUAUGGAUGCUGCAAGCAGAAACGGGUGUGUAACUGAAGCUGCUGCACAUUCAACAGCUGUGACUCCCGUACCUGGUAAUGUAUCUGCUGCUGCUACCUCAGCCACUGAGGUUCCUUCACCCACACCUACUAUGGAUGCCGCAAGCAGAGACGAGUGUGUAACUGAAGCUGCUGCACAUUCAACAGCUGUGACUCCCGUACCUGGUAAUGUAUCUGCUGCUGCAACUUCAGCUACUGAGGUUCCUUCACCCGCACCUACUAUGGUACCCAAGGAUACCUCGCCCACUGCCUCUCCUACCCAACUUCCUCCAGGAAGCAUGGAAAGAAGGUUCUUCGAUGCGUCCCUCGAACAAAUUUUCAGAGCCAUGCUAAAACACAUUGAAAAUAUAACAGACAUUAAUAUCUCUGAAAAGGUCACUCCAUAUUUUGUCAGUCCUGGCGAUAUCUCAUCAGAAGAUCAUCAAGAGGACUGAGAUGCGCAUGCUAAGAACGUGGCUGGUUUCUUAAUAGUUUCAACAGGAUAUUCACAUGUAAUGAUAACAAUUGUUUAGUAUUUUUCUGUUUGAGUUUUGAUCUAGAUAUUUUAAAGCUGAUAUGCUAAGACAGUGACUGUGUGGUUUUUGUUAUCUUAAUAUGGUUAUUAUCGUCCAAAAACUAAAGAAGCACUCUAUAAUACGCAGAUCUUGGAAGUAAAGAAGUAGCUUUUAUUAUCUUUCAUAUGUACUGCUAUAACAGUAUUUCAUAACAGUGCUAUAUAG